GGUACUAAGGCAGCCACAGAAUAUGCAAAUGGCAUAUAUGACAUUGGGUCACCUGCUCCAUCAGUAUAUUUGGGCACAUUCCAAAUUUUACAUCUACUAGAAGACCUGAAGAUGGCACUAGAAAUGCUAGAGGAUCCUCAAGAGAGAGAAGCAUUACGGAAUCAGAUACCAGGGGAUACAGCAAGAUGUAUACGGGAGUGGCUGGAGGAACACCUGUCUCAGGUGAAUCAUCUUUCUUCUGCUAACAAUGAAACCUAUCAAGAACGAUUGGCACGAUUAGAGGGUGAUAAAGAGUCCCUCAUAUUGCAGGUGAGUGUCCUCACAGAUCAGGUGGAGGCCCAAGGAGAGAAAAUCCGGGACCUAGAAGUCUGUCUUGAGGGGCAUCAGCUAAAACUUAAUGCUACUGAAGAAAUGCUUCAACAGGAGCUGCUAAGUCGAACGUCACUAGAGACUCAGAAACUAGAUCUAAUGGCAGAAGUUUCAGACCUGAAGAUUAAGUUGGUUGGCAUGGAAAAGGAACAGAGUGAAUAUGAAGAGAAGCAGAGCAAAGCUGAGUCGGUAGUGAACCUGAUCAGUGAGCUACAGGACCAGAUGUGUAGACUACAGCUGGAAAUUAAUAGUAAAAUCCAGGAAAGAAAGUCUCAAGAUAGGAAACUUGAACUGACAGCUAAUGAUCCUCAGGCCAGCACAAGAUCAGUGGUAGGGAGCCUCACCCAGAAGAAUUGCUCUCUGUGUGAUGGUUUGCUUCAGGAACUCAAACAUCUCAAAAUUAAAGUGGAAGAGCUGGAAAAUGAAAGAACCCAAUAUGAAUGGAAAUUAAAAGCAACCAAAGCUGAAAUAGCCCAGCUUCAGGAGCAGUUAGCUCUCAAAGAUGCAGAAAUUGAACGUUUACAGAGUCAGCUCUCCAGAACCUUGGUGCAUAAUGAAAUUGCAGAAAGAGGGGAACUAUAUAGGAGAAGGCUAAAAGAAAAACAUCAAGAAGUUCAGCGACUGAAGAUAGGAAUGGAAUCGUUGUUAGCUGCAAAUGAAGAAAAGGCCCGUCGAAUAGAGGAGUUAACAGUGCUGCUAAGCCAGUACAGAAGGGUGAAGGAGAUAAUGUUAGCAGCUCAUGGUAAAAUAAGUGUUGUGGGUAAUGUUCGAUGUGUGGUCUUCCUGAAUACUCACUUAGGAAUCCCAGUAAGAAUUGGGACCCCAUUUUGUACACAGUACAAAACUCUGCCCGAGGAAAGCUCAGAAUCUAAAGACAAGACCAGCAGCGGUUAUAACAAAAGUGAGAAGAAGAGGGCUCAAAAGCAAUAA